CGUUAGGUUGGGGUUGUAAGUCAGAGGGAGAGAGUGUAAACAGAGAGCUUGCGGCAAUAGGGGGGAAAAGGAGGGGGACUGUCUCUGCAGGGUUUCACAGACCCGUCUCUGGUUCUGAGCCCUGGGACCGUCUCUGCAGGGUUUCAUAGAACCGUCCCUCUGGUCUGCUCUCACUGGGAUGUUGGAGAAUCUCAUCUAAUCAUGUUCUGAUCAAUUACUGUUUAUGCUGCUAGUACUGGCAGAACUGGACCUGAAGUUCUGUUCUGAGAGCUCGAGCCUGAUUCUCUCUGGGAGCAAAGCCUCUGAGCCCCCACAGGGCUGAGAGGAAGGAAAGGAGACAAGGAGGCAGCUGCAGGCUGUUGGGUCGCAGCCCACCCCGAUGCCUCCAAUCCCGUCACGUCCAUUCACAGCGGAUGGAGCAUGGAGGCUCUGGCUCUCGGGAUCUAACGUCGAGCAGCGGGGGGUGAAGACGCCGCCGCAUGCGCUCUGGCCUCCGCCUGAGCACAGGAAGACAGCCGGGCGACGCGCAGCGGCCGCUCCGGCCUCACGGAGCCGCUCUCAGCCGGGGAUCGCAGCGGGACAGCCCGCCUCGCCGAGCAUGAAGCGGGCGGCCGCGGCCAGGCACAAUGGCCUCGUCUCUCCUCUGGGGAACAACAACUCCGGGGCUUCCAGCAUCGCCGCCCCGGCGCCCGCGGGAGGCGCCAGCGCGCCCGCCGGAGCCGAGGCUGCGGCCGGCGGCGGCUCCGCCGGAGGCCCGGCCGUCAAAGCCGAGCUGGUGUGCAGAUGGACCGAGCGGUUCUGUCCGCGGCAGCGGCCGGGCCGCGCGUCCGUGUGCGAUCAAACUUUCAGCUCCAUGCCCGCGCUGGUGGAGCACGUCACCAGCGCGCACGUCGCCGCGGGUCUGGAGAGCCUCAGUCACGUCUGCAUGUGGGCCGAGUGCGUGCGCGGCGGGAAGGCGUUCAAAGCCAAAUACAAACUCAUCAACCACAUCCGCGUGCACACCGGAGAGAAGCCCUUCUCGUGCGCGUUCCCCAACUGCGGCAAGAUGUUCGCGCGCUCGGAGAACCUGAAGAUCCACACGCGCACGCACACGGGAGAGAAGCCGUUCCAGUGUGACUUCUGCGAGCGCCGCUUCGCCAACAGCAGCGACCGGAAGAAGCACUCACAGGUGCACACGGCCUCCAAGCCCUACGACUGCAAGGCGCUGGGCUGCACCAAGUCCUACACCCACCCCAGCUCCCUGCGUAAACACAUGAAGAUCCAUGUCAAGUCCUCGCCCCCCUCCGACCCCCAGGACCUGUACAACUUCCUGCCCCAUCAGCUACCGCCGCCCCAUCAGGCUGUGCUGGAGCCCCUGGACCUCAAAAUGAACCACUUCUCUCCGUCACUCUUUAACAGGAGCGCUCACUUUCCCCUUCUGGCUGCACACAGACUGGACAUUAGCUCCGCCCACGAAGCAGACCACAAGGUUCUGCUGCGGAGCUCGUCUCCUGCAGCCGUGCCCCUGGACUUGUCCCUGACGGGCCUGAAGAGCCAGCUGAGUCAGAAGCAGCAGGGGGGCAGGACCCCUAGGCGGAGCCAACGCUCGGUCAACCCUGCCUUCACGCAGCUGUCCAACAUCAAGGAGUGGUACGUCUGCACCAGAACCGCCGUGCCGCACUUCCCACUGCUGCACCCGGACCACAUUAAGGCUGAGCGCAGUAGUGACGAGGAGUACAUCACGUAGAACCGAACCUGGUGCUCUAGACUUGGACAGCAGAUUUAAUAUGAUCAGAACCAGGUCAGGUCUAAACAAGGGGGCAAAUGUGGCAGCACCUGUGACUUAGGUGACAAGAUGAACAGAGAGGAUUUUUACAGAGUUCCAUCAACAACCCGGAAACUGCUCGGACCUGCCGUGACGUCUGAAACUUUCAAGAGGUGUGGAGGAACCUGUCACUGCAGACUCAGAAUACCGGGUCCAAGGAGAACCGGCUCACCUGUGCAGAUGCUAGGGCACAAAAAGGUCUCAGGUGGAGCCGCUGACGCAGCAGGGGAACUGAAGUCCCACUGGUUCUGGUCAAAGGUCCAAACAUGAUCUUCAUUCUUCUUCAUGAUGUUUGGAAGCAUCAGGACGUGAAAGAUCAGAACCACAGCAGGUUCCUGCUGAGUUCAUGAAACUUCCCUCCAUGAUCAGGGACGAUCCAGCUGAGCGGUGAAGUCUAGAACCUUCAGUGGUUCUUUGUUUGGCCUCAGGUCUGGACUCUGAAGAUCCAGGACUGAAUGUCAGGUUUCACAUUUUGAGCCCUCAAAUGCGCAUCUUUGCAUGCUCAGCUGACCAGAUCUAGAAGCGUCCCAGCUGUAGCAGAGGCAGCGUGGCGGGGUGUCACCAGUGAGUCUGUGGAGUCAAACUCACAUGUUCUAAUGUUGAUUAAAUGCAUUAUUGUGUGAAAAA